AUGUCGGCCGGCGACCAUGUCUCGAGGUUUGAGACCCUCCAAAUCCAUGCUGGCCAGGAGCCGGACCCUGCCACCAAAGCUCGCGCCGUUCCCGUCUACGCCACCACCUCAUAUACCUUCAAUGACUCUGCCCACGGCGCCCGCCUGUUUGGCUUGAAAGAGUUUGGAAACAUCUACAGCAGGAUUAUGAAUCCCACGGUGGAUGUUCUGGAGAAGAGAAUCGCUGCUCUUGAAGGAGGCAUAGCUGCGGUCGCGGCUUCUUCUGGUCAAUCGGCGCAGUUCAUGACCAUCAUCGCAUUGGCCCAUGCAGGAGACAACAUUGUGUCCACGUCGAACCUGUAUGGUGGUACCUACAACCAGUUCAAGGUCAUGCUCCCUCGUCUGGGGAUUGAGACCAAGUUCUUGACGUCUGAGAAGCCCGAGGACUUCGAAAACGCCAUCGAUGACAAGACCAAGGCCGUGUACGUGGAAACCAUUGGUAACCCCAGAUAUAACGUGCCCGACUUUGAGGCCAUUUCCAAAGUCUGCAAGGCCAAGGGUGUCCCCCUGGUCGUUGACAAUACGUUUGGUGCUGGUGGCUAUUUCUGCCAGCCACUCAAACACGGCGCAGACAUCGUUGUGCACAGCACCACCAAGUGGAUUGGAGGCCAUGGCACUUCGAUUGGCGGCAUAGUUGUGGACUCGGGCAAGUUCGACUGGAAGGCCAACGCGAAGAGGUUCCCGCAGUUCAACGACCCUGCGCCUGGUUACCACGGACUGAAGUUUGUAGACACCUUCGGUCCUUUGGCCUUCAUUAUCCGUGUGCGAGUCGAAAUCUUGCGAGAUCUCGGUUCUUGCAUGUCACCAUUCAACGCCCAACAAUUCAUUCUGGGCGUCGAGACCCUGAGUUUGCGAUGCGAGCGACACGCUGAAAACGCGCUGAAGCUGGCCAAAUGGCUCGAGAAGCAUCCCAAUGUGUCCUGGGUCUCGUAUCCCGGUCUCGAGAGUCACCCCUACCAUGCGUUGGCAAAGAAAUACCUCCCUCGAGGAUUUGGAGGUGUCAUGUCUGUGGGCAUCAAGGGCGGCUCCGCGGCUGGCGCCCAAGUCGUGGAUGGAUUCAAGCUGAUUUCCAACCUGGCCAAUGUCGGUGAUGCGAAGACGCUAGCCAUUCACCCGUGGUCCACAACCCACGAGCAACUCAGCAAACAAGAGCGACUGGACUCGGGCGUGACCGAGGACAUGAUUAGAAUCUCGGUCGGCAUCGAACACAUUGAUGACAUUAUCCACGACUUUGAGCAGAGCUUCGCCGCCAGCAGCGCCGCGCAGCCUGAUGCCGCAGCCAGUGCGGACAAUGCCACGGCCGAGUCCAAACCAAGCACGGAUGCUAAACUCAGUGGGGCAACCUGA